AUUAUCCACCAAAAUUCCACCUUUCUUCUUCUUUUUUAAUUUCGUUGAAAAACCUCUCGUACAUGGGACCCACCGUAAUUCUAUGAAUACAAAAUACAGGCUUCUUGCCUCUGAAAACACAAGUUCGAUUUAUCGUUCACGCACUGGUACUGGUAGCGAAAACUCCCGCCAUUCUCAAAUCUUUGCUGAAACCCUAGCACGUCAACAAUGUCAGUGAAGCCCGAGCUAAUUGGAAGUUCUUCUGGCCAGGUCAAGCCGCCGGUUGCUACCUCCAGCGCCACCGCCUCUGCGGUCAGUCCGGCGAAGGUCCCGGAGCAUUCGGUGGCAAACGUCUUAGAGCCGGAAAUUAUGAGGCCGAGGAUUAUGGCGGUCGGUUCUCCUAUUGUUGGCCAGAGUAUUGGACACGAUGAUCAGCAGAAGAUCGGUGCUUUUUUGGAGCAAUGUUACUACUGUAGGAAGAAAAUUGCUAAAGACGCUGAGGCGUACAUGUACAGUGACCUUCGUGCUUUCUGCUCUGUUGAGUGCCGUGAUUUGCAGAUUGAACAAGACCAAUUGGCAGAGAAAGAUGCUGCAAAACAUAAGCAGAAGGUGGGAUAGGUCCAGGGGAUUAGCAGUGUGAGGGUCAGUCUGGUUGUUAAAAUGAAGUGGAACACAGAUCCAUAGUCACAUAAUUAGCUAUUGAAAUACUAUGUGAGGUGCAUAGCUAUUAUUUUGGAGAUCAGCUUGCACUAUACGUAGAAUAGAAAUGGUUUAUUGUAUGUUUUAUAGCAAUAUCAAUGAGCCAUGUAUAGUUCACUUUGUGUCUGUUUGAAUGCCUUCGAAGAAUUUAUGUCCAGUUACUUCUACAGCUUUAAUCUGGUAGAUAUAGUGGUUUUGCUUAUCAUUUAUAAGAGCCCAAACUUUAC